UUAUUAUUAUUAUUAUUAUUAUUGUCAAAGUGAAUACUCACCUAUAUUUAGAAUUUUACGUCAAAUAUAGACAUAAAAUUAAGAGAAUUACAAUCUCUUGAUUUACUUAGCUGUAGGUACAUACUCAGCGUCUUGAAUGAUAUGUGUUGUAUUCAUAUAUAAAAUUGAUAGGUGCUAGUAAUCACAAAUUUUAUAGUCAUUGUUUUUAAUACGUAGGUAGUUUAGUCAUUUAUGUUUAUCCUAACGAUUAAAGUUAGACCAUAAAAUUUUCUGUUUGUUUUCAAGUGAUAUCUGGGAUACCACUAUACUUAUAGCCACUCGUACUCAUUGCCUAAUCGUGUUUACUAAUCGGUUUUAUAGAUUCUUGAUGGUGUUGUGCGAUAGUAAGUUGUGAUUGGCUAGUAAGAGAAGACAGACAACCAGCCUUGCCAGAUUGCCAGACGAAACGUUGGAUUUACUCCAAAUUCUUUCGCUGAGAUUUUACAAAUAAAUUCUUCCUCUUUAGUGUCUCAUAUCAACUCGGUGCCCAAUUACUGUGAAAUUGUUCGAUCAAAUUUAGACGAAAGUUCUUAUUUAUUAUUCUUUAAGACACUUUAACAUUGUGAAUCCUUUUCUACUACUGAUUUCUGCCCUUGAUUUUACCGUGUGAGCCGCUUGUGUUUGUCUUAAAUAGACUAUCGUCUGGUCUAUAAUCUGGUUUUUAGUCGUCAGUUGUGAAUCGUAUGUGUGGGUGUGAAUUGAUCUGGUCUACUGAUCUAGUAAUCUCGUAUCCGACAUAUGAUAUUAUGAAUCAUCCCUAAUCCAUUAUCCAAUGGAGUCGAACAUCAUGUGUUUUGUAGUUACCAAACCAAUUAUUAUCUUGGCCUACAUAACAGCUUGGUUGUUUGAUAUUCACAUAAUCCUUAAUGUCUAUGAAAUACAGGAUGAUAAAUAGGUCGAAGUACAUUGGUUUCACUCUUUCCAUUUGUUUAUUUCUUUCAUUUAUUUGUUUCCCUGUUAAGCAAUAUAGUAUAGAUUUGAAAACAUAAAAAGCAAACAAUCAAUAUACUAAAGAAAUGCUUGUAUCGAAAAUUACCGAGAAAUGUUUAAAGCCUGAUGAUGGGAAUUUUAUUGAUUUGUGGGUAUUGACUAGAAUUAAUCAUUGGGAUCAUGAAAUAGAGACCACUGUUUGUUUAACCGACAAAUAUUUAAUGCUUAUAAGCUUUAAUUUUAUCAAUGAAGAUUGUACUUCAAAACGUGUUCUCUUACAAUCCAUUAAAACCAUACGUGUUGGAAAUUUAAUUCAACCAAAUUGGUCUGCAUUACCCCAGCGUAACUAUGGUGGUGUUCAAAUAAUUUGGGGUGAAUUGGAAGAAACAAAAUGGAUUGAUCGUUGGAAUCCAAUAUCUCAAGAUGUUCCAAUGGUUAUUUUACAUCAUCAUCCUUGUUUUUAUUCACCGGAUUCAUUGUCAGACAAAGAUAUGUACAACUGUGAUCUAGCCAUUUCAGCUAUUUCUAAUUCUUUGUCUAAAUAUGACAUUCAAGUUGAAUAUGCCAACAUUCAUUUGAAUUCACAUAUCAACUUCUUUACAAUUAUUUACAAUCAAAGUAAUCUAGGUUUUUGCAAAGAUCGAAAUGGUAUUAGUUUUUAAAUCCAAACAGAAAAAAAAUAGACAAAAAAAUCAUAUGUUUAUUGUUUUAGUUUCUAUGCAUAAUUUAAUGAUGAACAAUUUCUACAGAAAUAUUCCAUUCACUUACUUAUUAACCUGCUAUAAUUGAUACACAUUUCAAUAAUCAUAAUCAAUUGAGCACAUAAAUCAAUAAUACAAUGUUUACAUUAUUAUAUUUACUUAUUCAUAUGUAUACUGUUGUUUAAAGUUAAUCAAUUGAUUAAUUCCAUGUUACUAAUCUAAUAGUUUUACUGGUUUACUCUGUUUCUUUUUUCUUUCUUUUUUUUUU